AAAUACCCGGAUGUUAUAAAUUUUUGUGGGUGUCCCAAAUCUUCACUCUUUACUGUAUCAGUCUAAAUACGUUUAUUACUUUGGUGAUCAACUCUAUCUUUCAUUUAUUUAUUCAUUAUGACCACACCAGCGAGGCGGCGUUUAAUGAGAGAUUUUAAAAGAUUACAGGAAGACCCCCCAGCAGGAGUCAGUGGUGCUCCAUCAGACAAUAAUAUUAUGCUUUGGAAUGCUGUGAUUUUCGGGCCCCAUGAUACACCGUUUGAAGAUGGCACUUUUAAAUUAACUAUUGAAUUCACAGAAGAGUAUCCUAACAAGCCACCAACUGUCAGAUUUAUUUCAAAAAUGUUUCAUCCAAAUGUAUAUGCUGAUGGAAGUAUAUGUUUAGAUAUAUUACAAAACAGAUGGAGUCCAACAUAUGAUGUUUCAGCAAUCUUAACAUCUAUCCAGUCUCUGCUUCACGACCCUAACCCAAAUAGCCCUGCCAACAAUGAAGCCGCUCAGCUGUACAGAGAAAACCGCAGAGAAUAUGAAAAAAAAGUGGCUGCCAUCGUUCAGGAAAGCUGGAAUGAUGACGAAGAAGAGGGAGAAGAGGAUGAGGAAGGAGAAGAAAUCUCUGUUGGACGAACCAAACCCUAACAGUCCUGCCAAUAAUCUAGCUGCUAAACUUUAUCAGGAAAACCGUAGGGAGUAUGAGAAAAAGGUCAAGGUUAUUGUGGAAGAAAGUUGGAUAUUUAUUGGUGAUGUCCAUUAAUUUUUGUUUUUUAAAAUUUUCCUGAAUAAGAGAUCAGUUGGAAGUCUGGAAUGUUCUGAGUGAGCAUGGAGUAAAUGUAACUUUAGUCUCUAUGGUGUAUGCUCCAUUUGUGAUACUAUUUUUGACGUCAGUAAUGUGUUGUUGUUUUUUUUAACUGGUUGAAAAGCGUAUGUUGUUUUUUUUUGUUUUUUUUUUUUCACAAGCAUUGCUUUUUUUUUUUUCCUGUAUUGUAUAGAAGAUGUAGUCUUUAAAUUUGUGAGACUAAGCCAUUCUGUGUGUUAAAAUGUCAAAUUAACACGCAGCAAGUUUUUAUUGUCAAAGAAAUCUAAGAGAAAGAAUAUUGUCUGCAGCCGAAUAUCAAGGUUUUCAGUGUUAUAAAAAUGGUCACUUUUUUUUUCCCCACCUUUAAAACUUAAAGCAUUCACAGAAUUUAUAUUAGAGGUAAAUAGGGCACACUAAAUAUUGAAAACAUGAAUGCAUGAUGCCAACUAGAUUACUAUAAAAGUUAUUACAAAUGUUAUUUUAUAUUGUACAAACAUUUUUUUUUUAAGGUAAGAGAAAUUUUAUUUAAAAAAAAACAUCAGGCCUGGACCUAUCUGUAAUCUUACUAUAUCACUUAUCUUCUGCUUUAAUUGUGGCAUUGAGUGUGCUCAUUCAUUUCAGUUUUGAUUAGUUUACCCCCAAUAGUUUCAAGCUCCAACAGUCCUAUGGCAGAGCUGAUGUAGGUUUUAAAUAAAGACGUCUAAUAAAAUUAAUUCUAUCUAGUGACAUUUUUUCAUAUUUAUAAUUUAAACAUGACUUGUACCGGUAUGAUUUGUUUUUUUGUUUUUUUUCAAUGAGGCACAGAAGUUUGAUGGUGAAAUCUCAGGACAGAGUAAACCAAAAUCAUGUUGUUAGCUUCUAGAACUGUACAAGUGUUUUUUAAAAAAAAAAUGUCCAAUCAUUAAAAGCUUCUGUUCCUAUGUUUGUUAUUACUGUUUAUAAUACAUAAAUAAAUAUAAAAGCUUU